AUGGACUUCUUGAGGAUGAUUGAAGAUUAUGGAUUUGUGGAUCUAGGCUUUUAUGAUCCUAGAUACACUUGGUCAAAUGGGAGAGGCCAAGGCUCAAUUGUCUGGAAAAGACUGGAUAGGAGAUUGGUCAAUGAUAAUUGGCUAAUAUCAUAUCCUACAACAUCUAUCACUAACAUCUCCUCUGUAGAAUCUGAUCACAAUCCUCUUCUCUUGGAAAUAAAUGUGAGACAGGACACAAGCAAAAGAUACUUCAUGUUUCUCAAUUACUGGGUUGAAAAUGAGAACUUCCUUCCUCUAGUUCAGGAGCUUAAAGAUUUGUCCAAUACCUUAAGCAAAUGGUCUAGACAACAAUAUGGAGAUAUCUUUCUGAAAUCCAAAGAAUAUGAACACAAGUUGAAGCAAGCUGUGAUGUCCUGGGCUCAAACCAAUGAUGGCAAUGACAGAUAG